AGUCGGAGCUCAACCCUUAUCAUACAUCGGAGAAUCCACACAGGGGAGACGCCCUACACGUGCUCUGAGUGCGGGAAAAGCUUCAUUUGCAGCUCAACCCUUAUCACACAUCAGAGAAGCCACACAGGGGAGAUGCCCUACACGUGCUCUGAGUGCGGGAAAAGCUUCAGUCGGAGCUCAACCCUUAUCGGACACGAGAGACGCCACACAGGGGAGACGCCCUACACAUGCUCUGAGUGUGGGAAAAGCUUCAGUCGGAGCUCAACCCUUAUCAUACAUCGGAGAAUCCACACAGGGGAGACGCCCUACACAUGCUCUGAGUGCGGGAAAAGUUUCAAUCAGAGCUCAAACCUUAUCACACAUCAGAGAAUCCACACCGGGGAGACGCCCUACACAUGCUCUGAGUGCGGGAAAAGCUUUGGGCGGAGGAAUAAUUGUCACCUACAUCAGAGAAUCCACACUGGAGAGAAACCUUAUGAAUGCUCUGAGUGUGGGAAAUGCUUCAUCGAUAGUUCAGCCCUCAUCUCACAUCAGCGAAUCCACACAGGAGAAGCGCCCCACACAUGCUCUGAGUGCGGGAAAAGCUUCAGUAGGAGCUCAAACCUUAUCAAACAUAGGAAAAUCCACACAGGUGAGAAACCUUAUGGAUGCUCUGAGUGUGGGAAAUGUUUCUUUAAUCGUUCAGGCCUCAUCUUACAUCAGAGAAUCCACACAAGGGAGACGCCUUACACGUGCACUGAGUGUGGGAAAAGCUUUCGUCAGAGCUCUGUCCUUAUCAGACAUCAGACAAUCCACACAGGUGAGAAACCUUAUGAAUGCUCUGAGUGUGGGAAAUGCUUCAUCGAUAGUUCAGCCCUCAUCUCACAUCAGCGAAUCCACACAGGAGAAGCGCCCCACAGAUGCUCAGAGUGUGGGAAAAUCUUCAAUCGGCGCUCACACCUUAUCGUACAUCAGAGAAUCCACACAGGAGAGAUGCCCUACAUGUGCUCUGAGUGUGGGAAAAGCUUUAAUCAGAGCUCACACCUUAUCAAAUAUAGGAAAAUCCACAUGGGUGAGAAAUCUUAUGGAUGCUCUGAGUGUGGGAAAAGCUUCAAUCAGCACUCAAGCUUGCAGCAGCAUCAAACAAUCCACACAGGGGACAGGCCCUACGAAUGCAGUGAAUGUGGAAAAUGCUUCACUAGCAGCUCAAACCUUUCUCAACAUCAGAGAAUCCACACAGGGGAGAGGCCCUUUGAAUGCUGUGAGUGUGGGAAAACCUUCACUUACAAAUCAGGCCUUUCUAGACAUCAGAGAAUCCACACAGGGGACAGGCCCUAUGAAUGCAGAGAGUGUGGGAAAACCUUCAAUCGCAGAUCAGGCCUUUCUAGACAUCAGAGAAUCCACACAGGGGACAGGCCCUAUGAAUGCAGAGAGUGUGGGAAAACCUUCACUCAAAUAUCAGCCCUUUCUGUUCAUCAGAGAAUCCACACAGAUGAGAGGCCCUAUGAAUGCAGUGAGUGUAGGAAAAGCUUCACUCACAGAUCAGACCUUUCUGUUCAUCAGAGAAUCCACACAGGGGAGAGGCCCUAUGAAUGCAGAGAGUGUAGGAAAACCUUCACUCACAGAUCAGCCCUUUCUAGACAUCAGAGGAUCCACACAGGGGAAAGAUCCUACGAAUGCCAUGAGUGUUGUAAAACCUUCAGUCGCAGCUCGCACCUUAUUAGUCAUCAAACAAUCCACACAGGGGACAGGCCCUAUGUAUGCAGUGAGUGUGGGAAAACGUUUACUCAAAGAUCAGCCCUUUCUGUUCAUCAGAGAAUCCACACAGGGGAGAGGCCCUAUGAAUGCAGAGAGUGUAGGAAAACCUUCACUCACAGAUCAGCCCUUUCUAGACAUCAGAGGAUCCACACAGGGGAAAGAUCCUACAAAUGCCGUGAGUGUUGUAAAACCUUCAGUCGCAGCUCGCACCUUAUUAGUCAUCAAACAAUCCACACAGGGGAGAGGCCCUAUGAAUGCAGAGAGUGCGGGAAAACCUUCAAUCACCGCCCACACCUUAUUACCCAUCAGAGAAUCCACACAGGGGAGAGGCCCUAUAAAUGCCACGAGUGUGGGAAAAGCUUCAAUGGGAGCUCAGACCUUGUCACUCAUCAGAGAAUACACAGAGGAGAGAGACCCUACAUGUGCUCCGAGUGCGGGAAAAGCUUCAGUCAGAGCUCUACCCUUAUCACACAUCGGAGAAUCCACACAGGUGAGAAACCUUAUGGAUGUUCUGAGGAGUGUGGAAAAACCUUCUCUCACAGCUCAGCCCUUUCUGUACAUCAGAGAAUCCACACAGGGGACAGGCCCUAUGAAUGCACUGAGUGUGGGAAAACCUUCAAUCGCAGUUCGCACCUUAUUAGUCAUCAAACAAUCCACAGAGGAGAGAGGCCCUAUGAAUGCCAUGAGUGUGGGAAAUGCUUCACUAGCAGCUCAAACCUUUCUCAACAUCAGAGAAUCCACACAGGGGAGAGGCCCUUUGACUGCAGUGAGUGUGGGAAAAGCUUCACUAGCAGCUCAGACCUUGCUCAACAUCAGAGAAUCCACACAGGGGAGAGGACCUUUGAAUGCCGUGAGUGUGGGAAAUGCUUCACUAGCAGCUCAAACCUUUCUCAACAUCAGAGAAUCCACACGGGGGAGAGGCCCUUUGAAUGCCACAAACCCUAUGAAUGCUGUGAGUGCGGGAAAAGCUUCACUCAGAGAUCAGCCCUUAUCUCUCAUCAGACAACGCACACAGGAGAGAAACCCUACGAAUGUUGCGAGUGUGGAAAAAGCUUCUCUCGGAGCUCAAACCUUACUGUGCAUCAGAGGAUCCACACAGGAGAGAGACCUUAUGAAUGCCCUGAGUGCGGGAAAAGUUUCAGUCAAUUCUCCUCCCUUAUCUCUCACCAGAGAGUCCACAAAGGAGAGAGACCCUACGAAUGUUGCGAGUGUGGAAAAAGCUUCUCUUGGAGCUCACACCUUACUAUGCAUCAGAGGAUCCACACAGGAGAGAGACCUUAUGAAUGCAGUGAGUGCGGGAAAAGUUUCACUCACCGCUUCUCUCUUAUCUCUCACCAGAGAGUCCACACAGGAGAGAAACCCUAUGAAUGCAGUGAGUGCGGGAAAAGCUUCUCUCGGAGCUCAACCCUUGUUAUACAUUACAGAGUCCACACCGGAGAGAGACCAUAUGAAUGCUGCGAGUGUGGGAAAAGCUUCACUCAUAGUUCAGCCCUUUCUGUACAUCAGAGAAUCCACACAGGGGACAGGCCCUAUGAAUGCACUGAGUGUGGGAAAAACUUCACUAGCAGCUCACAACUUUCUAAACAUCAGAGAAUCCACACAGGGGACAGGCCCUAUGAAUGCCGUGAGUGUGGGAAAUGCUUCAUUAGCAGCUCAAACCUUUCUCAACAUCAGAGAAUCCACACAGGGGACAGGCCCUAUGAAUGCCUUGAGUGUGGGAAAACCUUCUCUCACAGAUCAUCGCUUUCUGUACAUCAGAGAAUCCACACAGGGGAGAGGCCUUAUGAAUGCAGUGAGUGUGGGAAAAGCUUCACUAGCAGCUCACACCUUUCUAAACAUCAGAGAAUACACACAGGGGAAAGGCCCUAUGAAUGCCGUGAGUGUAGGAAAACCUUCUCUCACAGCUCAGCCCUUUCUUUACAUCAGAGAAUCCACACAGGGGACAGGCCCUAUGAAUGCACUGAGUGUGGGAAAACCUUCAAUCGCAGUUCGCACCUUAUUAGGCAUCAAACAAUCCACAGAGGAGAGAGGCCCUAUGAAUGCCGUGAGUGUGGGAAAUGCUUCACUAGCAGCUCAAACCUUUCUCAACAUCAGAGAAUCCACACGGAACAGACACACUACAAAUGCCACGAGUGUGGGGAAAGCUUCAGUCAGCGCUCAAGCCUUAUCACACAUCAGAGAAUCCACACAGGAGAGAAGCCCUACACGUGCGCUGAGUGCGGGAAAAGCUUCAGUCAGCGCUCACACCUUAUCAGACAUCAGAGAAUCCACACAGGGGAGACGCCCUACACGUGCGCUGAGUGCGGGAAAAGCUUCCGUCGGCGCUCAAACCUUAUCAGACAUCAGAGAAUCCACACAGGGGAGACGCCCUACACGUGCGCUGAGUGCGGGAAAAGCUUCAGUCAGCUCUCACACCUUAUCAGACAUCAGAGAAUCCACACAAGGGAGACGCCCUACACGUGCGCUGAGUGCGGGAAAAGCUUCAGUUGGCGCUCAAUCCUUAUCGCACAUCAGAGAAUCCACACAGGGGAGACGCCCUACACGUGCGCUGAGUGCGGGAAAAGCUUCAAUUGGCGCUCACACCUUAUCACACAUCAGAGAAUCCACACAGGGAAGAUGCCCUACACGUGCGCUGAGUGCGGGAAGAGCUUCAAUUGGCGCUCACACCUUAUCACACAUCAGAGAAUCCACACAGGGGAGACGCCCUACACGUGCGCUAAGUGCGGGAAAAGCUUCAGUCGGCGCUCAAACCUUGUCACACAUCAGAGAAUCCACAUAGGGGAGACGCCCUACACGUGCGCUGAGUGCGGGAAAAGCUUCAGUCAGCUCUCAAGCCUUAUCACACAUCAGAGAAUCCACACAGGGGAGACGCCCUACGCAUGCGCUGAGUGCGGGAAAAGCUUCAGUCGGCGCUCAAGCCUUAUCACACAUCAGAGAAUCCACACAGGGGAGACGCCCUACACGUGCUCUGAGUGCGGGAAAAGCUUCAGUCGGCGCUCAAACCUUGUCACACAUCAGAGAAUCCACACAGGGGAGACGCCCUACACGUGCUCUGAGUGCGGGAAAAGCUUCAGUUGGCACUCAAACCUUAUCACGCAUCAGAGAAUCCACACAGGGGAGACGCCCUUCACGUGCGCUGAGUGUGGGAAAAGCUUCAGUCUGCGCUCAAUCCUUACCACGCAUCAGAGAAUCCACACAGGGGAGACGCCCUACACGUGCUCUGAGUGCGGGAAAAGCUUCAGUCGGCGCUCACACCUUAUCACACAUCAGAGAAUCCACACAGGAGAGCAGCCCUACACAUGCGCUGAGUGCGGGAAAAGCUUCAGUUGGUGCUCAAACCUUAUCACACAUCAGAGAAUCCACACAGGGGAGACGCCCUACACGUGCGCUGAGUGCGGGAAAAGCUUCAGUCGGCGCUCAAACCUUAUCACACAUCAGAGAAUCCACACAGGGGAGAUGCCCUACACGUGCUCUGAGUGCGGGAAAAGCUUCAGUUGGCGCUCUGCCCUUGUCAGACAUCAGAGAACCCACACAGGGGAGACGCCCUUCACGUGCGCUGAGUGCGCGAAAAGCUUCAGUCUGCGCUCAAUCCUUAUCACACAUCAGAGAAUCCACACAGGGGAGACGCCCUACACGUGCUCUGAGUGUGGGAAAAGCUUCAGUCGGCGCUCUGCCCUUAUCAGACAUCAGAGAAUCCACACAGGAGAGCAGCCCUACACGUGUGCUGAGUGCGGGAAAAGCUUCAGUCGGCGCUCAAACCUUAUCACACACCAGAGAAUCCACACAGGAGAGACGCCGUACACAUGCUCUGAGUGCAGGAAAUGCUUCAGUCAGCGCUCAAGCCUUGUCACACAUCAGAGAAUCCACACAUGA